UGGGCGGGAGCGAAGUCACCGCUAGGGUGGAGGUUGCUACGGCGGACCAGCGGUGGCAACGGUAGUAUGGCCGCGCUUUAUGGUGGCGUGGAAGGCUGAUUGGCACAGACCAGUGUGUGGAAAGGAUCAAUGAGAUGGUGGACAGGGCCAAACAGAAGGCUGGAGUGGAUCCUCUGGUACCCCUUCGAAGCCUGGGCCUGUCCCUGAGUGGUGGGGAGCAGGAGGAUGCAGUGAGGCUCCUGAUUGAGGAGUUGAGGCACCGAUUCCCCAGCCUGAGUGAAAACUACUUAAUCACCACGGAUGCAGCAGGUUCCAUCGCCACAGCUACACCAGAUGGUGGGAUUGUGCUCAUCUCUGGCACAGGCUCCAACUGUAGGCUUAUCAACCCUGAUGGCUCCGAGAGUGGCUGUGGUGGCUGGGGCCACAUGAUGGGAGACGAGGGCUCAGCCUACUGGAUUGCACACCAAGCUGUGAAAAUUGUGUUUGACUCUAUCGACAACCUGGAGGCAGCUCCUCAUGAUAUUGGCCAUGUCAAGCAGGCCAUGUUCGACUAUUUCAAGGUGCCAGAUCGGCUUGGAAUCCUCACCCAUUUGUAUAGGGACUUUGAUAAAUCCAAGUUUGCUGGAUUUUGCCAGAAAAUUGCAGAAGGUGCACAUCAGGGAGAUCCUCUUUCCAGGUACAUCUUCAAGAAGGCUGGCGAGAUGCUGGGCAGACAUGUUGUGGCAGUAUUGCCAGAGAUUGACCCGGUUUUAUUCCAAGGGGAACUUGGCCUCCCCAUUCUGUGUGUCGGCUCAGUGUGGAAGAGCUGGGAGCUCCUGAAGGAAGGCUUUCUCCUGGCGCUGACACUGGGCCGAGAGCAGCAGGCACAGAACUCCUUCUCCAGCUUCACCCUGAUGAAGUUGCGGCAUUCUUCUGCACUGGGGGGUGCCAGCCUGGGAGCCAGGCACAUUGGAUACCACCUUCCCAUGGACUACAGUACCAAUGCCAUUGCCUUCUAUUCCUAUACCUUCUAGAGGCUGUCCCCCUGCCCAUCCAGCCAACACCGAGUGCUGGGAAACUUUCCUUUUUUAAAAACACAUAUGGAAGAAAAUAAAUGCACUUUACUCCCUCCCUGGCAGGGUGUCAUCUUCCACACAUUGCUGUGCAUAUCCUCAGCACCUCCAGCAGGUCCACCUAGCAAGCUCUCAGUUUAAAGACCCACCAGGCUCUUAGGCACGUAAGAGCCCAGCCCUCCCCAUUUCCAAAGCCCUCUACAUAUGCUUUGGCUGCCAGAAGCUGGGACCCAAGUUUCCUCUUGGCAGUUAUGAUUCCUCAUGACAGAGCUAAGUAUGUCUAAGCCCACCUCCUGGGGAAUGACCCAAGAUCUAUCAUACCCUCUCCCAAGCUUCCCAGUGGGUUUUGGGAGACAGUACAAUCCUAGUCUCAAUUUUGACUUAAUUUUAUUUGGUAGCUGUAGGUACACAGGGCAGUUUUUCUUUUUCAUGUGUGCAUGAAUCCCUGAGGGCCAGGUAGGCACUGCUUAACUCAGUGGCCUGCCUGCUUCUGACUGCUGCUCACUCGGCUCUGGUUAUAGUGAGAGAUUUCUCUCUCAGACCUUUAUAUCUGGGCAGCUACUGCUGCCAGCCCUGGUGGGGAGGGCCUUUCCUCUGGAGGUAAUCCUUCCAGGAAAAAUUCUGGCCCAGAGGCAGGGUUCUCCAUCAUGUCCAGAUCCAGCUGGCAGCUGAUUAACCAGGUAUGAUGUGCAACAAUGCUAGUGUUUUAACCUCGGGGUUUGUUUUCUCUCUCUCCAACUCCUGCACAGCACAUGUGUCCAUAAGGCAUAGCCAGGAAGGU